UGGGAGUUCCUCUUGUUUCUUGGCGUUAAAGAAAGAUCAGCAGCAUCUCUAUCACCGCCGGACCUCAGCGAUAAGGGAGUUUUAUAAGAUAUGGUCCAUUGCUGAUGGCUCAGUCUGAGCUGUUCGUGACGAGAGCUUCCCCUGUGGAGGCGAGGCCCAUGGAGCUAGAUGUUCUGGGGUUCCUGCAACGUUUUGGGGAUGAAAACAGCACAGCUGAGAGAUGCUACCGCUCGCACUCCCACAGCAGCGUCCUCCAGGGUCUGCCAUUUGGUGGGGUUCCCACGGUCCUCGUCAUCAAUGUCGUAAUCUGGAUGUUUUUACUGCUGAUCUUCUCAUGUCUGAGGAAAGCUGCUUGGGACUACGGCCGCCUGGCUCUGCUGAUGGAGAAUGACAGUCUCACAUCCCUGUUUUAUGGAGAACCAAGUGAGAAAGAGAAGUCGCCUUCAGAAUCCAGUCCCUCUGACUCUGAGACCAAGGACAUGGGCUUCUGCUCAUGGCUGUCAUCGCUUUACCAUAUGAAGGAUGAGGAGAUCCGAAGUAAAUGUGGCAUUGAUGCCGUGACAUAUUUGUCCUUCCAGCGCCACAUCAUCCUGCUCAUGACAGUGGUUACCCUGCUGUCUUUGGCUGUAAUCCUGCCGGUCAACAUUUCCGGGAACCUCCUGGGAGACAGUCCUGAAAACUUUGGAAGAACAACCCUGGCGAAUGUUAGUGCAAAGGACAGCUUUCUGUGGCUGCACAGCGUCUUGGCUCUGGUUUACUUCAUUAUCACGUUGCUGUGUAUGGCUCACCAUUCGCUGCAGCUGGAAUACAGAGAAGAUGAGAAGGUGGCUCGGACACUGAUGAUUACCUCCAUACCCAAGGAGAUCUCUGACCCAGGACUCAUCACCAAACAUUUCCAUGAGGCCUACCCAAGCUGCACUGUCACCGACAUCCGGUUCUGCUUUGACGUCCACAAGCUAAUGAGGCUGGACUUGGAGAGGCGCAAGGCAAUGAAAGGCAGGCUGUAUUUUGCCACAAAGGCCCAGAAGGAGGGAAAAAUCAUGAUCAAGACUCAUCCGUGUGCUCAGAUCUUCUGCUGUGACGUCUGCGGCUUUGAAAAGGUGGAUGCAGAGCAAUACUACAGUGAAUUAGAAGAGAAGCGGACAGAUGAGUUUAAUGCUGAGAAGAACCGCAUCACCAUGAAGAGGUUGGGCAUCGCCUUUGUGACCUUUCGCGAUGAGCGGAUGACUGCUGUCAUUGUGAAGGACUACGGUCGCGUGAACUGUCGUCGCAGGCCCCAGCAGUCCAGCAUCAGCACCGUGGUGCAGUCGCACAAAUGGGACGUCAGCUACGCACCUGCUCCAAGUGAUAUUAUAUGGGAAAACCUGUCAGUGUGUGGAUCUCGUUGGUGGCUCCGCUGCGUCCUCCUCAACAUCCUCCUCUUCUUGCUGCUCUUCUUCUUCACCACUCCUGCCAUCAUCGUCAACACCAUGGACAAGUUCAACGUCACAAGGCCCGUGGAGAGUCUGAGGAGCCCAGUCGUUACAGAGUUCUUCCCGACCCUUCUGCUGUGGGCGUUUUCAGUGCUCCUGCCCUUUGUUGUCUACUACUCCGCCUUCUUUGAGUCCCACUGGACCAGAUCUGGUGAGAAUCAAGUGACGAUGCACAAGUGUUUUUUCUUGCUGGUCUUCAUGGUCAUCAUCCUGCCUUCACUUGGUCUGUCCAGCCUUGACCUCUUGUUCACCUGGCUCUUUGAUGUCAACUUCCUGGAAGAGAAGGAUUUAAAAUUUCAGUGUGUGUUUCUUCCUGACAACGGUGCAUUUUUUGUAAACUACGUAAUUACAUCCAGUUUGAUUGGCACGGCUAUGGAAUUGCUACGUAUCCCUGCACUGACGGUGUACGCACUGCGUCUCUGCUUUGCAAAAUCCCAAGCUGAGCGGAUUCAUGUCAAACGGAGUCAAGCUUAUGAGUUCCAGUUUGGCCUUGAGUACGCCUGGACCAUGUGUAUCUUUGCUGUCAGUAUGACCUACAGCAUCACGUGUCCCAUCAUUACACCCUUUGGUCUGCUCUACGCGAUCCUGAAGCACAUGGUCGAUCGAUACAACAUCUACUAUGCUUAUGUUCCCACCAAACUCAACCAGCGAAUCCACAGAGCAGCCAUUAGCCAGGUCAUUGUAGCUCCCAUUCUCUGCAUGUUCUGGUUGCUCUUCUUCUCCGUGCUCCGAUUAGGUCCAAUGCAUCCGAUCACCCUCUUCACUUUAGUGUCCCACAUCUUCUGCAUUGUCUGUUACCUCCUCCGCUUGUGCCUUAGGAAGCAACCAGACAAGUCAACAAGCUACCAGAUGUCUGAUCAGCCAGACGGGACGCUCACUGAUGCAGACAGGAGUACCGUAACAUCCACCACCGCCUCCAGUCUUUUUGUGGCAUCUGUGUUGCUGGAGCCAGAGCUGGCUUUGACUCCGAUGCCCUCCCCAGCCCACCACAGCUAUGGCGCCAUGGCCAGCUCUCAGAGUUCAAACCGUGGGCCAGCGGAGGAAGAAGAAGGAGAGGGGGAACACACCCAGACCCAUGAGACUGAGCUCCAAGACCCACCAGACCUCUAUUGCUCCACCACGCUCAUGGACAGCUCCAUGGGCUACCAGUAACACCAAAUCUCCACCCAAAACUGACUUCUACGUGUCCUUCAGCUGAAGAACACAGAUUACUAAAUGCCGCAAUGCUGCGUUUUCACCACUGACCUCAGACUCCAACUACGCUGCUGCCUCGGACUCUGAGACUAGACUGUGCUUGCUAGUAAGGCUGAAGAGCCUGAAGAGUAACGGAGCCUGAGAAUACAGGAGCUAAAUGCUCUUAAACAUCACAGUUGCAGAAGAAAGCCAUUUGCCUAAACAAUCUGCCGAACCCAUCAGACACAGCUCAACAGAACAUAACACCAAGCUAAAUGUACAGAUUCUUUUAGCUAAAUGAUCAGAUGCUGAUACGGACUCUGUCUUCUUCUAUGGCUUAAUUUGCAAAUUAAAAAGGUUACAAGUGAUGCAGACUGUAAUAGAAAUGCAUUAUGGUUUCAGUCAGAGAUACUCUAUCCAUGCUGUGUCGCUUGGAAAUGAGUGGAGGCGAAAGUUCCCAUCAGAGUGGGUGGUGUGAACAGGCUUGCCCUGACAGACUGACAGAGGGGUUUGGGCAUAGGUGAUAUCUGGUUCCUCUGUAGCAGAGCUCGGCAAGGCUGAGGGUGAGGGCAGCUAGUUGUGAAGCCAUCUGCAGUGAGACAGCAGACAGACGGACGGAGGGCCAAAUGUAACUCAGAGAUGUACCGUAAUAUAUGUACGCUCUAAACGGAGGCGCAAACAGCUUGACUCAACCUGAAGCUUGUAACUAUUAUCAAUAUAAGGUUGAUAUUUUUGCUACAGUAUUUUUGGUGUCAUUGAUAUUGUGCUUUGGGUUGGGGGCGGGAGGAAUCGAGGAUGUACAAUGAUUUGCAGAGAUGUCUCAUCUUAAUCAAAACCUUACCUAAUUAUGUUUCGACUGUACAUAUGGUCAAAGUGGAAUAGCUUGAGCUUUUUGGAAAUCUGCUAUCUAUUUUCUUGCUCACAGUUUGGUAAGAAAAUAAAGCAUGUAGCCUGUUAGCUUAGCUUAGCACAGGUUGGAACUAAUGACCACUGAUUGUGCACUAAUUUUCUGGUAGGCGUAGCGAGAUACUCUGAGGGCAUUAUAUAGGGUAUAGUUUGGAAAGUACUUUUAAACGUCAAACUCACUUUACUGUUAGCAUUGUUACGUCUUUGUGUAACGUUACUGAAACUUGGGGACUCGAAACAUGGAGAAAGGGCUAGCCUACAGGCAGAACCAGUAACUUUGUGGGGUGUUGAUGCCAAGAAUCUUGUCUUCACUUGUAGACACACGGGCACCCUGGUAAGUAGUUAUUUCUAUAAUACUUUUUUUCAAGUCCACCUAAAGAAUGCAUGUGCAGUAGCUGCACUGUAGAGUAGCGUCUGGAUUAGUCUACACAGAAAAUAGGCAGGCACUUGGUUUUCUUUACAAAACCUGUAGUUUACCUUCUGAAAUUUAGAUCUCUUGGCCCCAGGGAGACAUUUGUAUACACUGGUUAAGUACAGAGUCAUGGCAAAAACAAACUAAAUGUCUUUCAGUUCUGAGGUUUUAUUUAUCAGGACAUAAUAAAAAAGUUGUGUCUUUAUAAGGUAACAAAAUUGGAUAAAUACAACCGAGGAUGAACAACACAUGACAUAUUACAACAAGUCAUUAUUUAUUUAAAAAAAAAUCUAAGCCAAAAAUGCAGAAGCAGUCCUCUGGAAAACUAAAUCCAUGUCAUGAUUCAGUAGCUUGUAGGAGCCCAGUCAUUCUUUUCUGUGCGAUGGCAUCAGUCUCUCAUAUUAUUCUGGAGAAAUAAUAGCUCACUCUUCUUUACAGAGUUGUUUCAGUUUAUUGAGGUAUUCAUUUAUGCACACCAUUUCAUUCAGGUUGAGGUCUGGUCUUUGACUGGGCCAACACUGAUUGCUUUCGUUUUCAGCCAUUCUGUUGUAGAUUUGUUGCUUUGUAUUGGAUCAUUGGCCUAUUAUGCAAAUCAUUUUUGGUCGAGCUUUAGCUGUCGACCAGAUGGCCUCAUAUGUGACUCUAACAUACCCAGAUCCCUUUAGCUGCAAAGCAAACCCAAAUCCUCAUCCCUCCAUUACAAUUAGUUGAGGUGGUUGGUUUUCACUGUGGAUUGAGGCCAGACAUCUCCACUUUAGUCUCAUCUGUUCAAAGGACAUCGAUCCAGGGGUCUCACAGUUUGUUCAGAAGCAAUGUGGCAAAUCUAAGCUGUGCUGCCAUGUUCUUGUUAGAAACAAGAGACUUUCCCCUGGCAACACUUCCCAAACACUACUUGGUCACUCUGAGAUGUAGCUCUUGCGUUUUUUUUUUCAGUUUCUCUGAUUGAAUGGUCUGACCUUUGGUUGAAUUUGCUGUGAUGUCCAUUUCUGGGAAGAUUGGCAACUGUCUUAAAUGUUUUUCACUUCUCACUGUAGAAUAAUGGACUUUAAAUUGCUUGGAAAAACUUCUAACGUUUCCCAGAUUGACGGGCAGCAAUAGUUCUUUCUCGAAAGUCAUUGCUGAUGCCUUUCCUCCUUGGCAUUGCAUUAGCACACAUCUGAAUGCUCCAGACCAGCAAACUGUCAAAAUCUCUGCUUUUACCGAGUUGGUCAGACUUACUGACGAUCAGUUAAUCAAGUGCAUUGAUUAGCAAGACCUGACUGCUACUUUCUCUUUUAAUUCCUAAGGAAGCAGUAAGGGUGUACUUUCUUACACUGCUUCUGCAUUUUGGCAUUGCUUAUGUUAAUCAGUAACGACUGAGUGUAAUAUGCCAUGUGUUGUAGAUCAUUUAAGGUUUUCACCAUGACCGUAUAGCAUUGUGCAUAGCUAGCAGUCUGUUCGUUUAGCCCAUAACAAAAUUACAAUAUCUUUGGCUUAGCAUACAGACCUGAAAGGAGGGGAAACAGCUAGUUUCUGGUUUUAAACCAGAGACUGGUUUAAAAGUAGCAGAGACUUUGCUUUAUGGUGUGUUGCUGCUAAGCUAAGCUAACUUGCUAUGGUACUAAUAUAUACAUCAAAGUGCAGGCAAGAAAGUGUUUUGUAAAAUGUGAAGCUGUUCCUUUAAGUUGUGAAGAAAUGGAGUAUAAUAGAAGCGCAUCCUAAAAUUACAUCAUUUUCCAAAUAUGCCAUGGAGUCUGUUUUGUGCCACUGCAGGAGAACAACAUGGAAAUCUCCAGAAGAAGUUUUUCGGUUUUGCUAAGUUUGCUAAACUCAAAAGCUUUUAUAAAAUUUUCCAGUUUUUUUGAUGUUGGUCAAAUAGGUCAUUGCUGAAAUUAGGUUUUGUUAUGUUGCAAAGACAAACAGUAAAAUAAAGCACUAUCAUGCUGUUUUCAGUUGACAUAUGCUAUGUAACACGUCACUGCAUGUUAAUUAUAUAUCGUCUAAAUGAGGUAUGCAUUUCAUAUGUGCUAAACUUCAUGUUUUUUGUGUCAAUCUGUUGGUUUUUUUGUUCUUUUUGUUUUUCUUUUAAAUCCUCUUUACAGCGGGUCAAAGAUUUUCUCAUGUGACUGAAUGUUAAUUUCUUACUCAUGUCUUUUGCUGUGCCUUGGGAAAAAAAAACGCCCUUAUUGUGUGACAAUCCAGCAUGGCCUGAAAUAUGCUGCAUGGACGAAACAACCAAGAGAUAAAAAUUGUAACAAACCCAAAACUCAAUUUUUUAACAGCCAGUGCGUCCUUCAUUCAGAAUAAAACAAACAUACAAUGUGAGCUUAUUCUACUAAGAUAUUAACAGUCAAUCUGCACACGAGGUCCUCUACCUUUAUCUUUAUCUAGAGCUUUUGAAUAUAUCACACGAUCUUCAUCAGCAUAUUAACUGGCUCAGCUGUCAUCCAUUCAUUCAAAGCUUACACCAUCCUGCGUACUCGUGGGACAGGAAGUCCUAAAGACGAACAGAUCACUGACCAGUGCGCAAACCUCAUCUGUUCUUGAAGACCAAGUGAUGGGAUCAAAAGCUGUAGAAUAGGAAAGCAAGUGAAUGUCAUAAAAAUGGUUAAUUGCGAGGUUAAGAAUGAGCGCGUGGCUUGUAGUUGUAUCAAUAUUUUGUAUUGUGUACUUGUUUGUGCCUUGUCACUGAUUUCAAUCAAGCCCUUUUUAUUCCUCGGUUACCUUAUUUUUGGAUCAUACGUAUGUAUGACGGGGUUCUCUAAAUGUUUGUCUUUUUGAUUAACAGUGACUGCUAUGGGUUAGGUAGCUCCUUGUUGUUAAGUAGAGUAAGUUAUAAUCGGUUUUCUGUUCUGUCUGAGAGAGUGUAUCAUGAUAUACUUAUAGUCAUGCUUUAUAUAACAUUAAUGGCACCUUUUGUUAUAAAGUGACAUGUAUUUUGCUCGUUUUACAGGGACUCUAAUUGUAGUAGCUUAUGCUGUAUAAAGUAGAUGAAAGCUAGCAGCAGAGCGCAGAUGAAGUGGCCACUGCAGAGGAUCAUGAAGUUUAAAAAAACAGAACAUCAAAGAGCAUCUCAAAAUUUCAGUCUCCAAACUGCAAACAUGUCCCAUGGCUUUCUCUUCCAAAAGCCCGUUUCACAGAUCAUUAAAUGUGCUUUCCUUUGAAAAAUACAAAAUAAAAACUAAUAGGGUAUUCUUAGCUCUAAUGGCCAUGCGAAGAGGGAUUGUCCGUUCCCAUGCUUUACUAGUUUUAUUGCAUCCGGACAUGUCUGUUCAUGUGCAGUCAGCUUGGCCAACCGAGGUCUAUUGGGUUUCCAGACGUGCCCGAUGCUUUUUGCUCUUCGUUUAUAAAAUAUGUGUAUCAUAAGUACAUUAUUUCAGAUUUUAUUCUGCUGUAAAAGUGGGCUGUUAUUAUCUCCAAGAAGUCUGAGGUUUAGGGACAGGCUGUGUUCAAGAUUGAUCUCUGUCAGGCUAAUGAGUUUUCAUCUGUUAUAAGUGAAGUGCUGUGAUCUGAGAUUAAAAUGAAUUCA